AUGGCUUCGAUCGCCGUGUCUGCGAGCCCAGGUUGGGCCCCCACACAGUCGCUGUGGUUUCGAGCACCGCGACCACGGGCUCCCUUCGUCCCGCAUGCCGCCUCCAGGCUGCCAUUCCGACGCGUGAGCUCUGUACGAGCUCAAGUCGCAGAAAGCAUUUCCCACGGGCAGUCGGAUGUGGGGGCGCCUGCGGCCCCGACCUUCACCGUGCAGCUCGUCAAGUACCUGGGCACCAAGUACAGCCUGGCCUCCAUCCACAACGUGCGGACCAAGGCCAGGGCGAUAGUGGCCCUCAUGAAGGAGAUGGGGCUAUCGGAGCCCUUUACAAUGGAGCAGCACAUCUACCCCCAGAAGGAGCUCCUGGACUCGAUUCACGACGGGCUGGCGGUGGCCGUGCUGUCUCGCUACCCUCGCGAGUUCUUCCACCCCGACGCAAUGGACACCUGGCACGUCUUCCUCGCCUUUCUACACUCCCUCAACUUCUCGCCCGCCAUGUUGGUGCACGGCAAGCCCAAGCUGCUGGCGCACACGGUGCGCAACCCCGACGCCGCACGCUGCCUGUUCCGGUGGCUGCGCUCGCUGGGCUGCGACGCGCCCAGCAUCGUGAAGAUCGUCAUGCGCUUCCCCAACGUGCUCAAGCUGGACGUGGAGGAGGUGCUGAAGCCACGCUUCGCCGCCCUGCUUUCCUUGGAAGUGUCGCACGACCGCGCGGUGCAGGGCAUCGUGCGCGCGCCCACCAUCCUGGGCGUGGAGCCGGAGUACAUGCAGGGCCGGAUCGAGUACCUACGCGGGUUGGGCCUGACCUCGGUGGAGAUCGGGCACCUGGUGUCCCUGGCCCCCAUGACCCUGCUGGCCGGGGUAGAAUCCAAGCUGGCCCCCCUGGCCAAGUUUCUGCAGGAGGACCUGGGGUGCACCCCUGAGGUGAUGCUGACGGUGCUGGCGCGCGGCCGGCUGGCGCACUUCUCCGUCUCGCACCUGGACGCGUGCGUGCGGGGGUGGGAGGAGCUGGGCUACACCCGCCCCGAGCUCUGCCUCAUCCUCACGCGCUACACCAACUUCCUGAGGCUCUCCCCACGCGGACCCCACACCCGCACCAAGCUGGCCUUCCUGGAGUCGGCGGAGGGGCUGGGGCGCAGCCGCGCCGCGCUGGUGCACUACCCGCAGUACCUGUCCUACAGCCUGGAGCGGCGCAUCGGCCCCCGCGCCGCCGUCAUGCGCAGCGUCAAGGGCCGCGCCAUCACGCUGUCGGAGCUGGGGCCCGCCGACGCCGUCUUCUGCAAGAAGCUGGGCAUCAGCCAAGCGCAGCUGGACGCGGCCGUGGAGGGCUGGGCCCUGUCCAAGUGGAUGGACAUGCUGCAGGGCAGGACGCAGCCGCCGCCACUGCCGCCCCUGCUGCGGCUGGAUGACAAGCUGGAGCGACCGGGCGAGGGGCUGGCCGGCGCCAUGGACCGGCUGAGUCUCAGCGCGCCCUGA